AAGCGGAUUGUUACCGUAUCUCAAUCAUCUUAGCGUGCGAUUUCUCGCUUUCUUCUUCCCCAAGAUUUUGAUAAUUCCAAUCGGCAAUGGCAUCUUCCGACGGAAAUCAGAUCAGCGACGGCACAGGAUUGCAGCCUUCGGAGCCUUCUCUAUGCGCGAACGGAUGCGGAUUCUUCGGCGCGGCGGCGACGAUGGGGCUGUGCUCAAAGUGCUACCGAGAUUUGCGAAUCGAGGAAGAGACCGCGGCGUCGGCGAAAGCAGCUUUUAAGAAAAUAGUCCGACCGGAAUCUGGAAAAUCAGACGCUUCUUCGGAUGUAUCGACUGGCUCGUCGUCGGCGGUUGCCGCCGCGGACGGCGGUGAAUCGGCGGAUCCAGCGGCGGUCAGCGAGGAGAAGAAGGCGGUGGUGAAGAAUCGGUGCGGUAAUUGCAACAAAAAGGUCGGCGUGCUAGGGUUUCAAUGUCGGUGCGGCGGAACUUUCUGCGGCGUUCACAGGUAUGCUGAGAAACACGACUGUACGUUUGAUUUCAAAGCUCGUGGAAAGGAGAGCAUAGCCAAAACCAAUCCGGUGGUUAAGGCUGAUAAAAUUGAAGAUAGGAUCUGAAAUUUAUUGGUAAUAGUGCAGAAUUCGCUUACGUUUUGAUUUAUGUUGCUUUCUUUGAACAUUCAAAUUUAUGCGUACAUGAUUAUUUUGAAGUAGAAAUUGAAUCCUGACUUGAUUUC